AUGGACUCAGCGCCUCUCCUCCAGAACGCUGAUGGCCUUCCCAGCCCCAAUGUCAUGCAGGAUCAUCCUGCCUUCCUCCGAGCAUGCCAUUCACCAUGGUCCUGCAUCCCUCAGAACGUCCUCGUGAUCAUCCGAGGUCUGUUUUUGGCGUUUCUCAUCGCUGUGGGUAUUCUCAUCCUCAACUUCGAGCUUCACGAGCAUAGCGAAUUUUCCAACUGGCGCAUCAUUUUCGACUUCGCCAACAUCAGCUUCUUCUUCAUCGUGUUGUACCAGCUUCUGACCUUUUCAUGGACCUUCACUCACCUGUACUAUCCCCAUCACCAUGAUCGGCACAUGGGCGGAGUUGAAGGGUUCCUCAUCAGGACCAUGUCGCUUCCCAAGCAUAUGGGCAAUCUUCGCAAGCAGUUCCACUUUACCUUGUUCUACACCCUCUGUGUAGUCUUUGCGUUUGCCAACUCUACGAUCUACUUCUUCAUCACCCGCCAACAGUCGAAGGAGAGCCGCGCUGGCGAACCCCAACCAGAGCUUCGUCGUGGAAACAGUACCACCAUUCCUACCUGGGCUGGAUAUGCCGAGGACAAGCCUCAACCUCCAUUCACCGACAUCUUUGGAGAAGGAUGGUUCCGGGCCUUCAUCAUCUUGUCCUUGUAUGCGUUCGGGACACUGGUUAUGGUAAUUGAGAUACUUGUUCUCAACAGUAUCCGACGUCCCUAUACUGUCGGACUGCACCUAAUUGGUAUUCUCUUCUUCGCUACCGCAUACUUGGGUUGGGCUGCAUUUGGUCGUCUCGUCACUGACUAUUCCCCCUUCUUCUGGCUCGACAAGAAGGAAGUUGGUUCCGAUGAAGCGAUCACCCUCUACUCUAUUGGCUUUGUGUUCUUGAUGCCUAUCAUGUACAUCCUCAUGCAAGGCUUUGUUGCCUGCCGUGAGACUUUUACAAGAUCGAAGAACGAAGCCCGCGCUAUUGCCGCUGCGCAAGCGGCCCUCGACCAGUGA